AGAGUGGAAGACAUGAAAAGAUUAUCUGUCUCUGAUCAUAUGUGUCUGCGCUCUAUCUCCUUUCUGAAGUAGUAGAAUAAGAUGAGCAAUAUACAGAAACUUCAGCACAAUGAACGUCUUCGCACCAAAAGUAAAAGUCUGUGUGGGGACAUGGAACGCACGCACUAUGUACGAGACAGGGAAAGCUGCCCAGAUCGCAAACGAGAUGAAAAGAUACGGCAUCCAAGUGCUGGGAAUAUGUGAAAGCAGACGGAAUAGCAGUGGACUCAUCAAAUUGUUAACGGGUGAGUCAGUGAUCUACUCCGGUCACCCAGAAGAUAACCACACGCACACGGUUGGCGUGGCUAUCAUGAUGUCACCAACGGCAACAAAGGUCUUGAUGCAAUGAGAGGCGAUCUCGUCCAGGAUAAUGACCGCUAGAUUCAACUCCAAAGGAAGGAAGGUGUCAAUCAUACAAUGUUAUGCACCCAUAAACAACGCAGACCUCGAAAAGUAAGAAGAAUUCUACAGACAACUACAGGCAACAAUGGACAAUACUCCAGCUGGCGACAUGAAAAUACUUAUGGGAGACAUGAACGCCAAACUGGGACCAGACAAUACAGGAAGGGAACUCAUCAUGGGUAGAGAAGCUCUCGGAGAAAUGAAUGAAAACGGAGAACUCUUCGCCGACUUCUGCGCCUUCAACGAACUAGUGAUUGGUGGCAGUGUAUACAAGCACAAAGAUAUCCACAAGGCUACAUGGGUGUCACCAGACGGGCAAACCAAAAACCAAAUCGACUUCAUCUCAAUCUCAAGGAAGUGGAGGCGCAGCCUACUGGACACAAAAGCAAGAAGAGGAGCAGACGUUGGCUCAGACCACUAUCUCGUACAAGGGACAAUCCAAAUCAAAUUAAAAGCUUUCAGGGAAACAGGAGCUGCAGAUAAACCACAAGCCAAGUUCAACACUCAAAAGCUGAAGGACCAGGCUACAAAGGACAUCUUCAUUGCAAACAUACGAGACAGAGCUGAGACACAAAUCAACACUAGUGAAAAGGUCGGCGUCGAAAAGCACUGGGAAAACUUGAAAACGGUGUGGAGUCAAACCUGCAUGGAAGUUCUAGGCAGAAAGAAGAGACAGGACGAACAGUGGCUCACUACGGACACUUGGAAACUAAUAGAAGAGAGAGGGACAGUGAAACAAAAGAUUAUCCAGUGCACUGACGAGCAACAAAAACAGGAGCUGAAUGCAAGCUACAAUACACUGAACAAAAGAGUGAAGAAGAGUGCCAGGGAAGACAAAAGAAAAUAUUAUGAAACCAUGGCAAACGAAGCAGAACAAGCUGCAGGCAAAGGAGACCUCCCCACACUCUACCAAACAACUAGGCACCUUUCGGGCAAAAGUUCGACACAGAUUAAGCCAUUAAAGGACGACAAUGGAAAGUCAAUCACCAAAGAGGUGGAACAAAGAAAACACUGGGCUGAACACUUCAAAGGACUUCUAAAUCGUUCGCCACCUAAAACACGCCCAACAAUACCAACAACGGAAGCAGAACUACCAGUGAACAUUGAUCCCCCGACGAAAUCAGAAGUCCUGAAUGCAAUCAAGAUGCUAAAAGCUGAAAAAGCAGCAGGAACAGAUGGAAUCCCAGCAGAAGCUUUGAAAAUAGACCCAGAGACAACAGCGGACUUGAUGACACCACUGCUGGAGAAGGUUUGGAAAGAGGGCAAAGUACCCGAGGAUUGGAAGAACGGAUACUUAUUCAAACUACCAAAGAAAGGAGACUUAAGUCAAUGCAAAAACUGGCGUGGAAUUAUGCUUCUGUCCAUUCCAAGCAAAAUACUAAGCCGAAUCAUCCUGGAGAGAAUCAAACAAACCCUGGAUGAAAAACUCCGACCGGAACAGGCCGGAUUCAGGAGAAACAAAUCAUGUAUUGAUCAAAUCGCCACUCUACGGAUCAUCAUUGAACAAAGCUUGGAAUGGCAGUCACCCCUCUAUCUCAACUUCAUCGACUUUGAAAAGGCCUUUGACAGCGUCGAUCGAGAGGUCAUUUGGCAACUACUUCGCUACUACGGGGUCCCAUCGACAAUUAUACAUCUCAUCCAACAGUUAUACGACAAUGCUGCAUGCCAAGUAAUCCACAACGGGAAACUUACGGAAUCCUUCGAAGUGAGGACGGGAGUGAGGCAAGGCUGUCUACUAUCACCAAUGAUUUUCCUGAUUGCAGUAGAUUGGACAAUGAAACAGACAACGGCAACCAACGAGGGAACAAGCAUAAAAUGGACUGACACAAAAGACUUGGAGGAUCUGGACUUCGCCGAUGAUAUAUGUCUGAUUUCCCACAAACUGGAAGAUAUGCAAGUGAAAAGCAACAAGUUGGCAGAAGAAGCAUCAAAGAUAGGACUUCAAGUGAACAUAGAUAAAACAGAGGUGAUGAAGAUUCCUGGCCAACAACAACAGCAGCAACAACAACAACAGACAACAAUCAGCAUAAAUGGGAGGAACCUGAAAGUAAAAACCUCCUUUACCUACCUGGGAAGCAUCGUUUCAACUACAGGCGGAACCGACGAGAAUAUCAAAGCCAGAAUCGGAAAAGCAAGACAGGCUUUCAUUACUCUCAAAUCUGUGUGGAGGUCAACAUCACUCAUCAUCAAAAAUAAGAUCCAUAUUUUCAACUCCAAUGUAAAGUCAGUGCUACUAUACGGAUCAGAGACUUGGCGAGUCAUAAAGAGCAUCUCGAACAAACUUCAGACCUUCAUUAACAGUUGUCUUCGCUCAAUACUCAAGAUCAGAUGGCCAGAAAAGAUCAGCAACAGGGAUCUCUGGCAAUGAGCGAACCAACAGCAGGAACCGAUUGUCAAACAAAUAGGCAGGAAGAAAUGGAGAUGGAUUGGCCAU